CGGAGUCCUUGGCGUCGGGUCUUCACGGUCGAGCAGCGAAUCUUGACAGGCAGAUCUCUGCAGACGCGGUCAACCGAGGAUUACAGUCACGUCCCGGCGUACUCGAUCUCGUCACAAGGAAUAUCUGGAGAGACACGGCGGUGGCCCAGCAACUGAUCGAAAGCAACGUCGACUACCCGAAGACGAAAACCGCUACGGACGCGUAUCGACGGUUUUCGGUGCGAUCGCCUCGCCUGGACGACGUGCCUGAGAGUGACGCGGGAUCGUCGGUGUACGGACCGGGCUCAGCAGCGUUUACCGGAUCAGGCUACUGCUCAGUGGACGCGGAGUCGACAGAGGAGGAGAUGUCAGCAGACGAAGACUAUAUGCACGAAGACAUGGUUUCAGUGUCGGACGAGCGUACUGCUAUGAACACUGUGCUGCAGUAUCCGCAGACUGAAGGUGCUUCCGCGGGUUUUGAUCAGCAGCAACACUUCAGAGAGAUCCAGCACCAGCAACAGCUUCUGCAGCAGCAGCUGCUACACGAGCAGCGGCUUCAGCAGCAGCCGGGGCACUCGCAGCUGCAGACCGCAGAGCUGUCGCCGCCGCAAGCGCAGAACUCGUCGGCUCACGACGCCCAGGCCAUGGACGUCUCCGGCGGUGGUGGUCAUGGUUACGGUGCGGUUGCCUCGGCGACCGUCCCGCCAGCAGCCACUGCCAUGCCGAUGCUCAACCAUCACCCGACUCACCAUCACCAGAUCGCCGCUGCGGCACAAGCCUCCGCUUACAACAUGGACGCCAUGCAAGCCCAGCAGCAGCAGCAGCAGCAACAACAUCAGUACAACCAAACGGCGGCGGCUUUCGAAGCAGCUCAGGGCGCACGGAAGCACAUGCCAAUGCAGCACAUGCCACCGGAAAUGCUGCUGCAUAAGCAGCGUCUGAUGGCUCAGCAGCAAAUGCGCGCACAACAGCGUGCACAGCAGUUAGCCGGGCAGAACCAGCAUCAACAGCUAACGGGCCAUCUGCAGCCAGGAAAUGUAACGAUUUCAGCCCCUCAGAGUGGCGGCAGUGCAAAGAAACCAGCUUCUUCACCUAGGGAGAAGAAGAAAAAGCCCAUGAAAUCAAAGACGAAAACGUUCAAGUACCAUCCGUUCCAGCCGCCAACGAAAGGUGGCAACAAGCCAGAACCAAUGCCCGAGCCACCCAAGAAGAAACCUCCUAAGGACAGAACAGUCAGAUCAGCAGGCGUGUCUUCCAGCGGUGCCGCCUCUUCGUCAACGACGAAUUCAUCUGGCGUCGCUAACGGCAACCAAGGCGGCGGCAACAUUGCCACUGUUGAUGACGGCGGUAGCGGUGGUGCCAUGACAGAUACUACCAAACCUUUGGAUAACUACGGUUUGCUUCUGAAGCAGCAGACGCUGUUUGUGCGCUUGCAGAUGCUGAUAGCCGAUCCGGACGGUGCGCCCGCUAAAGGCGACGACGCCUCGCCGACGGCCGGAACUGUGGCAGCGGCUUCGGCAGCUGGCAAUCGAAUGUUCCACACUGUCAGUGUUGCCGAGGGAAAUGGGCCGCACCUAACGAAGAGCCGUAGCUCCGACCUGAGCAGCAAAACGGUGUCGGAACUCAAGGACGUACUUCGAGCAUAUCAGCUACCGAUCACAGGCACGCGUGAUACCUUGCUGUCCCGCCUGCUAGACUAUAUGAAGGAAACGGAGCGUGACGCCAACGAGAUGCAUCACUCGCCAAUGUCGAUGACCACCGAUACUCAGAGUAUAUCUCCAAACUCCACGCUGGAUCGGCCCCGUUCAACACCCCCUUACUUCUCGGCGGGUGUAAGUGUGAAUGCUGCGAACGUAAGCGACCAGGAUACGAUAACCACAGCCCUGCGUGAUCUGAUAAACAACCCACAUGACCUGGAGCCACUGAACCUACUGCCGUCGGAACGUCAGCAGAAGCUUAUGUCACACUUAAAGCGUGAAAUGGAACAGACCAAGGCUAGGAUCGAGGAAGACAAAGUACGAGAGGAAGGAGGCACAUCUUCGAAGGGCACUGCGGCGGAAAACAACGCUCGCAUCGGUAUCGGCAGCGGUAAUGGCGGACUGGGCGGCAAAUAUCUAUCUCAGCACCUGUCCAGCCCAGCCCUCAACGGCCAACAUCAACAUCAUCAGCAGCAGCUGCAUCAGCCAGGCAUGUCGGCGGUGGGCGUCGGAAGCAUGCUUCCUCAGCAGUACGCACAGGCAGUGCAGGCUGCACAGUCGAUGCAGGCCACACACUGGUCUGCGCAACACCAGCAGCAGCAGCAGCAGCAACACCAGCAGCACGCGCAUCAAUCCGCUGCCAUGAGCAACGCCAAGGCAACCAUUCAGCGCCGUGCCUCGGCCUCGGCGAUGGCAGCCGGUGCAUCUUAUCACCCCACUCCCUCGCCGCCAGUACGCAAUAAACGGCGUUCAAGUCGCGGUUUCACCGGCGCCAUGUCCAAUCCUAACUCUAUGCCGAGUUCCCCUGCGCCUUCACAGUAUUCCUCCCAGCAGGACCUGGACCAGAUUCUGGACGCUGCCGUGUCUACGUCGAUGGAUCUGAACCGCAAACUGAGCUUAUCUGGUGCAUCCUUUGGUAUGACCAGUGCUGCAGUUAACACCACCUCCUCACAAUCUCUGCUGGGUGGUGGUGACCCGGCUGCAGCUCAUCCUCACGCCCGUGGUCAUGUCCGUAGCUCAUCAGCAAGUGGCUUUUUUGGCAUACUUCAACCGGGCACGGUGUCGAGAGACGCAGAGAUGCAGAUGCAGAUGGAGCAUUUUGGAGAGCAGUAUCGGAUGGCCAUUGGCCAGCACCAGCAGCGGCAGAGCCUGGGCCAGCAGCCAGGUGGUGGAAUGAUGCAUGGUGCAGGAGGUAUGACGUCGACCAUGUCAAUGCCAACACUCACCAACGACGAUAUAUUCUUCGGCAACAGCGAGGUGUUUGGAGCGUCCGGAUCGCUAGCGUCGCGUCCCCACAGCUCGGCAAGCACCAGCAGCAGCCAGCAGCAGGAGAGUUUGCCAAGCAGCCAGACGAGCAGCUGCACCAGCUACACGCUCGCAGGCCCGGCCGCGCCUGGCACUUGUGGAUCAGCGGCGCCGCCUCCAUCACCGUAUUCAAAUGCUCAACAUCAGCAGCAGCAACAGCUGGAUGCGGCCAUGUCCAUGCAAAUGGGUCCGCCCGUGUCCGGUAUUGCCACGCCGGCCUCCAUGACGUCUGCUGGGAGCGGCGGUGGUGGCACAAACUCCAGCAGCGGCAUUACCUCGUCUGCAGGACGGACAGCUUCCGGUGACGUCGUUGAUGACGACACGCUGAAACGCGGAGAGGCGUCACUGGCCGCCACGUCGAACGACGACACACUGAAACGAGAUGAGAAACUGGAGGAAAAGGAUGACACACUGACAAGGAAUCAAACGCCGAUCAAAUCCGAAACCCUACCACGGAAUACUGGCAUGGAUACGCCGAUCAAAUCCGAAACCCUACCACGGAAUACUGGCAUGGAUACGACUGUGGAUCCGCUCUACCGUACGCAGCAGCUGCCACAGCAGCAGCAGCAGCAGCAACAACUGCAGAUGCCCCAGCAGCUUAACACGUCUUCAUCACAACAGCUCAUAAACCAUGUCACUCUGCAGCAGCAACAGCAGCAGCAGCAGCAGCAGCUGCAACAGCAGCAGCAGCAGCUGCAACAGCAGCAGCAACGACCGAUGCAUGCACCUCUUCUACAGCAGCGAAGUUGCCCUGGCUCUCUGGUGGACUCGGGCGCUAUGUUCGGAUCAUCCACCCAACAUAUACAGCAUCAGCUGCAGCAGAUACGGCAACAGCAGCAGCAGCAACAGCAGCAACAGCAGCAGCACGAACUUCAACAGCAGCAGCUGCAACAUCGAGCAUCGCAUGGAUCGGGUGUUAGUCUUGAUCUUGCGCAGUCUGGGAGCAGCAGUUCGGAGCAGCUUUUCGAGAAAGUGUUCUCUGAAGCAGGAGGUGUUGGUGACUCCGGCUCGCUUGGUUUCCAGAGCAGCGGACCGAUCAUGAUCGCGCCCACUCACCACCGCAGCGCCGAUCACCUGUUCGACCCGUCCUCCCCGGCAUCGUCGCUGAUGCACUCAGACCUGGGAACGUCGCCGGCCAGCACCAGUAUACAUUCUGGCUGUGGCUCUGUCGAUGGUAUACCGUUAGCGGUGGCGGGCAGAGGGCACGGCGUGGCAACUGUGGCAUCGGUCACCCCCGGACUGACUAUGGUGUGUGCUCCCGACGUCCUGAACAGCGCUGCGGUGGCGGCCGGUGGAGCUGCUGGCAAUGGUUCCAGACCCGACUCACAACAGUCUAGCCACUCCAAUCACUCGAGCAGAAGCGUGGGUCGGCUGUCGCACGGUUCUGCGGAUAUGUACGCUACUCAGUUCGACUCGCUCGGCCGGGGCCUCCACGGCCUAUCCGCAGAUGACCCGGCGCUCAACGUGGAAUGGCUCGAUCUGAUGGGCUCGUCGUCGACCAACUCCACCCUGGAGCGCAGCACCGGAAUCAACCCCAACCUUCGCGUAAUACAGCAGGUACCGCAGCACCACACCUCGCUGCAGAAUAUGGCCAUCGCGCAGGACAACACCAUGAUGACCCAGGACACGCUCAUGCAGUUUGGCCUGCCCGCACAGGAGCUGAGUCCCUGGAGAUUUGGCGAACGCUAGCACGUCUGUCCAGGCAGAUCCAUAGACACGCAGCUCCCGUUACAGCCGCCUUGUUGUUCGCGCCACCACCACGGUCACCUUCACUGUCACCACUGUCACUAAGCGCCCCUGCUAACACCACCAUGACCCAUCUACGUAUGUAGAGUGGUGUGUCUGAGAUGUUUUAUAGUCUAAACCGUGCAUCAAGCUGAGCUCAUAUCAACCUGCUCGUUGUGGAGAUGUUCUCCAACGGUGUAAGCACGUCACGCAAACAGCAGUAGCUGAGCGCUGUUUGAGUUCUCACAUCACGCCGGCCGCCAUGUGUUAAUGAAAUCAACAGAGUGCUUGCUAAACAAUGUUUUCCUGCGCGUACUGUUCGAAGGAAGGCCGCGAGUGAGAGCAGCUAUCCAGUAAAACUUGGCCACAUUCUGCUCUGCUAGCAUGGUGUCAGUCGGGGCAGAACCUGUAGACUGUGCAGUGGACCUUUUUCGUGUGUGUGAGUGUGUGUGUACAUGUGAUGCGAUGACACUUUAGUUUUGUUCCCCACACGUUGACCUGAUUGAUAUAGUUGGUGUUUGAAAAUGUUGAUGUGCCUCUUAGGUCAGCUACCACUACUGUCGUUUCGUUUUAGAUCCGUGCUAGCGUCUUCCAUCAUAUACAUAAUAGCCAUCCAUUCUCUAUCUCGCCUUUAUGUGUGCGUGCGGAAAUGUAUAGCUGCUCAGAUGUGUGUGUGUGUGUGUGUACGUCUUUCCGUGUUUGUGUGCGUGCGUGUGUGUACGUCUGUGUGCGCUUGUGUGUUUGUGCAUGUGCAUGUGUCUUGAUGUAUGUACAUACCUUUUUACUCGUCUUUUGACUGCCGUCGUUUGUAGUUUUUUGCUGUGUACGUACGCGCGCGCUCCUUCAAUCAGCAUACCUCUUUCUUCAAUCAGCAUACCUCUUCUGUUGCUUCACGGUAUCUUAUUAACUUUUGCAUCGUUUCUUGUGCGAUUGUAACUUUGACACAGGAGUGGCUGUGUUGUCUUGAUGCUCGUAGACCCCAAGCAACAGUGUGACGAUGGGAGUUCCAUUGGAACUAUACAGUAUAGACCAUUCUCAUAGAAGUGUGACUGAGAGAGUUGGUUAUCAGCCCAUUCGAACUGUAUAAUAUAGACCGUGCUCACCAAACAGAAUCUUGUUUCCAAGAGUCUGCUUUUACAGAGUCUGCUUUGCUGUGCUGGGAUAUCCUGUCCUGUUUUCUCUCCUAUCGCCUUGCGUACUACCAAUGUGCGCUGCUGCUGCUGCUGUGUGCGUUUAUCUGCUUCUUAUCACAGAACGACAGUGCCUUUUUUUGCAUGAAUACUUGAGAGUUGGAGUAUGAUCAUGACCUGUGUCUGA